AUGUUGGCAUGUCUACAGAGGAGGCAGAACCCUACCUCCCAGCACGUCAUGUGUGCCAGUGUCACGGUGCUGGACACUCCCAUCAACAGAAAAAGUGAACUGGGCUCUGUGCUCUCCCCUCGGUAUCCCACCGCGGCCGAGCUCGACGCCUACGCGCAGAGGACGGCUGACAGCCCCUUAUCCAUCAAGAUCUUCCCGUCCAAUAUCAGGGUCCCUCAGCAGAAACAAAUUAACCGGACUGUCAACGGUUUAGACACCACGGGGCAACGCUUCAGCCCUUACUCGUACCCUUAUUCCGGAGGAUACCAAGGCUUGCUGGCCAUCGUCAAGGCUCCCACCGUGACCAAGGGCCUGGUGAAGAAUUCCGAGGGCAAGCGGACUAAACUCUCUCCCGCGCAGAUAGCGGUGGCUCCGUACGCCCCGCCCGCUAACGGCAGCGUAGCUAACAGACACAGGCUGAGGCCCUACGACAUGGCUCUGUGUAAGCCUCCCGAAGUGCCGAAUAUUCCCGCGCAGCCCAACGUCAUCGUGGGGGCGUCCGCCGUCUCCGUCUCAGGGGGUCAGAGCUUGGCUCUGGCCCCGCGGUCGGAUCUGCCCGUCCGGGGCAUCGUGCGACAAAUGAGCCGUCCUUCCCGUCCCGCCCAGGGGCCUCUGCAGUCCGGCGACUGUCAUCUCAGUCCCUCUCAUCAGGUUGCCACGGCAGCCGCCUGCACAGACUCCAGCUUCGCCGUGGCCGCGCCCCCUCACAGCAGCCUUGGCUAUUCAGGAGCAGUGUUGCCUACUCAGACUGCAGACAUGGCCAAGGCUGGAGCUUAUAUGGACAGCGUGGAUUACUCUCUGUGGCAACACAAACACCCCAGGCAGCAGCAACAACAGUAUCAGCAUGGGCUGCAGCUAUACGGUGCUAGCAGCGGCGGUGGCGGUAGGGCACCCGUGAGCUGGUCUCCGGAGGUCUGCGUCCCGGUGUUAGGCAGCGCUGGGCUCUCAUUCAGGUCCCACCCUCUCGGCACGGCGACGGGCGGUACGAACGGCGUGCUGGACAAGGUCGGCUCCUCCCCGCUGAACUGCGCCGCCAUGCACGGAGAGUUCUCCGUCAGCCAGUUCUUCGCACCGCCGCCGCCACCGCCGCUGUGGAACACCGUGCUGACCACUCCAGACGGCGACUCUUACAACCCGCAAGACCUGCCGGCCAGCGGCGCCGUCAUGGGCAGAGCGUGUGACUCUGCCUUGGCCCGCCCCCACGGCCCCUCCCAGCACUACCCCCCGGACAGGGGCCUGGCGCUUUGCUGCGGCCUGCCCGGCAAGAACCUGUGCCACGCCUCUGUCCUCAGCAGCAGUUUGCAGUCUCUGGAGUGCCUGAUCAGCGAGAUCCACCCCCCUUGCAUUAAGGAGCGUAUGCUGGGCAGGGGGUACGAGGCGCUGGGGAUGCCCCACCUCCUGGAUCACCAGUCCGUACACGUCCAGCUGCCUGUGUUCAGAUAGGACAACCCGGGCGGACGCUGUCAAACCAUAACAUGGAACUGUAUGGGAUAUUUAGUUCAGUCAGUGGAGGGAUGGGUUCGUUUGUAUCAGACACAUGCCUUUGAGUCGAUGUGUUCUAAAAGAAAAAGGGCU